AUGUCAACUCUAUACGUGCCGCCUACCGUCGAAGAGGACGCCCGAGAAGACAAGGCUCGACCAGGCGAUGAGGUACUCGAUGAGACCGAGAAACAUGACAAGAAGACUACUGGACAGAAGAAAUCCGAGAAGAACCCAGUCCCAAAGCCCACGAAAAAGGAGAGGUUUCCAUUAAGCACCGGUGAACGGCCUGAAAAGUCGUUAGAAGAUGCCCACCGCCAUAAUGACGCAGAAGCGUUUGGCCAUAGUAUUACGCUCAAGGACGUAGUCGGGAGGAAGUUCAAGUUUCCUUACGAGAUGGUGAAACUUUGGUCCGGUAUGGAGGAGUUGAUCAACCAGGCUUUCAUUCACGUCGAUAUUAUCGGGCCACAUGUGCAGGAAGGACAUUACGAUCUCAUUAGCCCACAGGGUGUGAUUAUUUUGCCUACUACCUGGGAGCAUUUUGUUCGGCCUGGCUGGAUCGUGGAGAUGAGGAUGUGGCCAAUGGAUAAAGUACAACCGGGGCCACGCCCGCCACUGGGAAGAUUCCCGCAUCCAAUAUUUCCUCCACCGCCAAACUGGGAUAGGCCAUUGGGGAUGUCUGCACACCACCCCAAUCCGCCCCCCCCGCCCCCCGUAUGGAAUGUGCCGUCGAGUCAGACUACAAAACCUAUUAAUGUAGGGCCAACCAAAAGGCGACAUCACGAUAAAGCGAAGAGUUCUAUGCUUGCAUGGAUGACAGGCGGGAAAGACCGCAAGAAAAAGGGUUCCUCUAGAGAAGAGGCUGGCUACCCGAGGACUUCUAUUUCUUCGAUUGAAGCAUUACCAUUUGAGCCUCGACCAGUUGAGGGUACAGAGCAUCGACAUGUUGCGCCACCCAAUCAAGCAAUGGUCACACGGAGGGGGCCUCGUCGACGUAUACUCGCCAACGAGAUGAUGCCUAACCAAUCCGUAUCACGGAACGCUGCUGACCAUUCUCUUAAUCUACGCUCCAAGAAGAACCAUGCUAAGUCGGAGCCCUCUGACUUGUCAUCAACUACAUCAAGUUUGACAAGCUCAUCCAACUCGUCCUCUGCGAGCUCUGGUGAGAGCCUCUCUAGCAUAACGUCUACGAGGGAGGAAAUUAUGCAAUUGAUAUCGGAAAAAGGAUUGAUAGUUACAUGUACCGUCUCCAGCAGACCGCUUCGACGGCCUACGACAAUUGUGAAUGCUGCCAAGACAGUCUGUACCCCGCCAGACGUCCUGGAGAUGAGUGCGGCUCGGAUAUACCGAGAUGGGUUUGAGAAGAUAGCUUUCACGACUUUGGAGCUUGUGAAGCAGCGUGCAGAAAUCGCACCCCCGAGCAACGAUAAAAGACAGGCAGGUGCUAGCGCGAUGACAUGGAAACAUGUGACGAGACCGGUCAUGAAUCUACAGGAUUUCGAGGACAUUUCGAGAUUCGACUUUGGAGCUGAUGAUUCCAUGAGGAGUGCAGUGGAUCAACUGUUCGUCUCCAUCAGGAAGAAGAAGCUGGACGACGAUUGGCAUAUCAAACCUGGAACGGUCUUGAGAUGUGACACGAAGCCGGACGAGACGUCUCCUGCGUCCGUUACAUUCAUCUCUCUGCCCUAUAUGUACGCGGAUUCGUUCAAAAACACACUGGAUAAGUACAAAGGGAGCGAAAACUGCUUCCCUCGCCGAAUGCAUGACGCUUUGAGCCGGCUGGGUUCGGCCGAGCAGGAUAGGAGGCAACAAUUCCACCAGAACGAAGGUCGGAGCAAGAACCAGGUUCUCUGGAUAGGCCAGAUAUGGAUGAUAGUCGGUGGCUCCAGUCUUAUCACCUACGGCACUGUCUCUAGAGAAGUUCUGGAGGGAGACAGUAUUUCCAUAAGGGGCCAACAACCGAAUAAUGAGAAAGAGGAUCGAGUCAUUCAGAUUAUGGACGAGAAUCGAAGGCUCUUUUACCUCCCGGCCGAAAAGUGCAAGAGUUUCUAUGAGCUGGAGACUUCCACCAGGGAUAGGAUUAGCCGACCUGAACAGGGCAUAGACCAUUACGAUCUAAGCUUCUAUCUGCCCAACGAAGAGGUGCUGACGGCCUCGAGAUGGUCCAGUUUGCUGAAGCUUGACGAUGUUCCUCUUCUCAGGGUUUCUAUCGAGCCCUUUUCCGACUCUGAGUCAGAUGCAACGGCUAGCAUGGCAAGUAAAAAAACUGGCAAGUCUUCGAAGUCCUCCAGCACAAAGGGGGUCAAGACUACAUCAGACAUUUCUUUGGAUCUUGACACCGACACCAAACGCCGGGAACACAACACAGAUGAUGCCACAUCGAAGUCGAGCAGAGUCUUUGACUUCAACUUGUCCCAAUCUAUGAACAAGUUCGUAGACUUUGCCUUCGUUGAGGAGGUUGCGUCAAGUUUGCUAGAAGACGUUCCACAGCUGGACGUCAAGGUACCCCCCUUUUUCGACUGGAAACCAAAAGAUGGAAUGGCACCAACGAAAUCCUCCACAGACCGAUUCAGAGAAAUAUUGAACGAGGUCGAGACGGACCUAUUGCAGAUUUACAAAUACCAGCACUCGAAAGCCAAUAUCGUGAUUCAACAGGUCUAUGAUGCCUUCGGCAGCAACAUCUACGAAGAAGCUGCGCAGCAAAGCUUUGAGGAUUUCAAACUUCGACGAGCAUCGCACGCGGUCGACGGUGUUAGGGAUCCCAAAGGCCCGGAAACGUCACGCACCAAACGGAGCACACUCAUGGAGGACUUCUUCAAGGUCUCGGUUCCAGCUCUCCAGGCAUUUGUCGUACACGACUUCAAUUCUUCGCUUAUUUUGAAGUACUUCGGCGGACUCACCAAGGUCAUGACGGAUCCAACGUCAAGUGAGUCGCUAAGCAGGUUCAACGAAGAGAUGGAGCCUGACGACGACCAUCACUCUAACGAGGAGUCGAAACAAAGAUGGGUCAUAUCCAGGGACUUGAUAAAACAAGCGGACCUGAGAUUCGUGCUGAGUUCCAGCACCGGCCAAGUACAAUGCCCUGAUUGCGAACGGAGCACUAUAUAUUCCAGUCCGGACAAUGGAGUCUCCCAUCUUCGGAAAAUGCAUCUAGUCGGGGCCAAGACCGACAGAGUGCUGCGGGACUACCUUCUCCCCUUGCCAGCCGCCGUCGCUGAACGGCUGGAAGAAGAGCUUUGCGAGCUUCUCGUCUUCGGCCGCAACACGCUUGCAUCCACACUACGAAAACUAGUUGCCAUACAGAGCGGGGUGGUCCAUGACGGCAGGUUCCGAGGCUCGGAACGGGGAAUCCCAUACUAUCUCGUCGAGGCUUUUAAGCUCAUCGUCCUCUUCGUUUGUGCACUUGCGGAGGCUCUCCACGAGCUGCGAUGGUUUUAUCACGACUUUGACUGCUCCAAAACGACGCAGAACAUGGUCUCGCAGAAGGUCCUUCGGCAGAGAAGAGCGAUUGAUAGGCUCGGAGAGUUGAUGAGCGACCUAAUCCGUAAGGCAGAGCGAACACUCGUUUCACCUACCAAUCCAGCCAAGACGAACAACGCGGAACAUUUCAUGACGUCGGUCGGGAUCCAAUAUCUCUCGCUUCAGAUCAUGUUCAACAUGUUUCGAAGACCCAUUUUCAACCGGAAGAAGGCGUCGGAACUGUACGCGGCAUACGCAAAUAAUCUUGUUAGUACAACCUCUGCCGGUUACUUCUCUGUGGGAAGAAGAUGCGCGGGACCCUUGACGGUAGCCGUUGCCACGUUUUGCUUCUUCAUCGCCGGGAGGGGGACGAUUCGAAAAAUGCUAUCCAGGCCAACGCAUCCCGCAAUCACGCAGAACGGUGAUGACGAGGAUUCUGACACUUCGGGGGAAAGCAACGAAGGCCACAGGUCAAGAUGGCCGAGAUGGCUGAGAGGAAGACUCAAGGGGCGGAGAGGACGUGAUUCUUCUUCGAGCGAUACAAGCUCGUCAUCUAGCGAUGAGAUACAACCUCAGAUACAUAGGAGAGGUAGAAAUGGGCAUGGGUAA